CGCAUGUGGGAAUUGCUUCCUGAGCGCCUGAGCGGGGACUGCCAUUGGAUCCGAGAUCCCUGUUACAAAACCACUUUUGUUUAUUAAGAGAAACGUCUGCAGAGUGUUUAAUGGGUGUUAAUGUUUUAAAGUGACUAGUUUAAAACAACAGUUUUAAUUCUGUUGUUGGAAAGCCAUGGAAAAUGUGCCAGAAUUAUAUGAAAUCUUCCAAGGAGAGGUUGCAACAAUAACAGACUAUGGAGCAUUCAUUAAAAUUCCUGGAUGUCGGAAGCAAGGCCUUGUUCACAAAACACAAAUGUCAGCUUCUCGGGUGGAUGUACCCUCAGAAAUAGUGGAUGUUGGUGAAAGAGUAUGGGUGAAGGUUAUUGCUAGAGAGACAAAAGAUGUAAAGGAAAAAAUUUCCCUGUCUAUGAAGGUUGUUCACCAAGGAACUGGGAAAGAUCUGGAUUCAAACAAUGUAGCGCUGGAACAGGAUGAAAGAAAAAAGAGGGAGUUCAGAGACUACAGCAAGCAGAAGAUUGUUCUUGAAGCUGUCCUGAACACUGUGUGCAAAAAGUGCGGCUGUAAAGGACACUUUGCUAAUGACUGUUUUACGCAGCCAGGAGGAACUAAAUAUAGUUUAUUGCCAGAAGAGGAAGAAUAUGCUGGGAAGGAUCCCAAACAGUCUGUAGACAGGCCAGCCAAGAAGAAAAAAAAGGAAAAAAACCGAAAAAAACAUAAGAAAGGGAAGCAUGACUCGGACUCUGACAGCUCAGAUAGUUCUGAUUCUGACAGCUCAGACUCUGAACCAUCCCGAAAAAAGGGCCGCCAUGAUGACAAGAGCAAGAAAGCCUCAAAGAAAAAGAAGAGGAAACACAAGAAACAGAAACACAGAGAGCAUGGCAAGGAUGAAUAAUUGCUGUUUUUGGUUGUUUUAACUGCCUUGUGAAGUCAACUAUGAAUUAAGGGUUAAGUUGCCAAUUUUUGCUAGCCAUGUAUACCUGAAUGGAUGCCAGAAUACUUGAAUUGGGCGUCCUGAACUAAUGACCGGAUCUCAGUAAACCUUUUUGUGCUGCAGUCCAUGAGUAAGCUGAUAGACGGAUCAUUGACACAGGCCCAGUAUAAUGUGUCAAGAGCAGACAGUUGAAUUUUUUUUUUCCUCUCCCAUCCAAAUUGCACAUAAAUUUUUGGCCAUGAAAAAUUGAUCAUCUCAGCUCUCAUGGACUAACUUCAAAUUAAAGAAUUCCUGUUGGCCACUGAUGAAAUGUGUGUAAAAAAAUUACCAUGGAAAAUGUCCAGUAUUUUUGGAAUAUAAACAUGCACUCAUAUAUUUUACAAAAUAAAACAAUCUGCUGAA